CGGGGAGGGGGGGGGGCUCUGCGCCGGGUCACGUGACGCGACGCGCGUCUAGGCAAGAUGGCGGUGUGCAUCGCGGUGAUCGCUAAGGAGAAUUAUCCUCUCUACAUUCGCAGCAACCCCAUGGAAAACGAACUGAAGUUCCAUUACAUGGUACACACAUCCCUGGACGUGAUAGAAGAGAAGAUCUCUGCCAUGGGGAAGGCAUUAGUGGACCAGAGGGAGCUCUAUCUGGGCCUGCUGUACCCAACGGAAGACUACAAGGUAUAUGGGUACGUGACAAACUCCAAGGUUAAGUUCGUCAUGGUGGUGGAUUCCUCCAACACGGCCCUUCGAGACAAUGAAAUUCGUAGUAUGUUCCGUAAGCUGCACAACUCCUACACAGAUGUGAUGUGUAACCCCUUCUACAACCCUGGGGACCGCAUCCAGUCCAGAGCCUUUGAUAACAUGGUGACGUCGAUGAUGAUCCAGGUCUGCUGAGAGCAGCUCUGCGGUGCGAAGACAGACACGGCGGACACCUGUGUGGAGACGGCCGCUCCUUGCUUCCUCUUCCCGCGUGGGCAUGUGCUCAGUGCCCUCCACUAAAGGCCUUGUGAGCUGA